AUGGCGGCGGAGGGGGCGGGAGCUCUGUGUGGGCUCUGCAGCGCCUCCGCGGCGCCCUACACGUGCCCGCGCUGUCACCGCCGUCUCUGCUCCCUGCGCUGCUACCGCGCCCACGGUCCCUGCGCCGAGGCCUUUUACCGCGACCAGGUUCUUGAGGCGCUGCGCGCCGAGCGCGAUUCUCCCCACCGGGGCCCCGCGCCGCCCGGGCUGCGCGAACUACGCGAGCCCGGGGAUCCAGCGCGGCCUGCCGGCCGCGGGCUGUGGGAGCAGCUCAGCGAGGCGGAGCGGGACGGGUUCCGGCAGCUGCUGAGUUCCGGGCAGGCCGCGGCGCUGCUGCCGCAGUGGCGGCCGUGGUGGUGGCGCGGGCGGGGGCCAGUGGAGGAGCUCGGCGGCGGCUCGGGGGUCGAGCAGAAGGAGGAGGAUGAGGAGGGCAGCGAAGGCCGGCCCGGCCCCGCGCCGCCCGUCCCGGCCUCGGUGCCGCCGCUGAGCGCCCUCCGCGCCGCGGCCCCGUCGCCCUUGGUGCGGUUCCAGCUGCCGAACGCGCUGUUCGGCUACGCCUUCGCGCUGAGUCUGCACGGCGGCGACGAGACGCUGCUGCCCGAGCUCCCCGCGGCCGCCAUCGUCGCCUCGGCCGCGCUCCGCGCCCGCCGCCCCUUCGGCAGCACGGCCGAGGCGCUGCUGAGCGCCCGGCGCGACGCCCGCGCCGCGGGGCUGCCCCUGAGCCCGCUCGGCGACAGCGGCGCGCUCCUGGCCGUGGCGCAGCUGCUGGAGGGUCGCGAUAGUCAAGACCCCGGCGCCGACGUGGCGGCGGCUUUGUGGCACCUGUGGCGGCUGCUGAAGGCGGGGGCGCGG